AUGAAUCAGCAGUCGCAGUUCAACAGAGUCAACGGCUUUGGCGGCCAUACUAAUGGGUUGCUCCAGGUGAACAGCAACAAGCUCCAAAAGGGCACUGGUCGUAGCCAAGUCACAAGACAGACCCAACCGCUGAGUGUGAGCCAGUUGCACAACAUUCAACAACAUCAACAGCAGCAACAGUUUCAAGGACAAGAAGGCUCUUUUGGUCAAGGGCGUUCAGUCAAAGUCCAGCCAAUCACUACAGAGGCACAGUUUGCCAGAGCAAAAAUCAGUUCAAAGAAGCUGUUUGACUUCGAAGACGACUUGGAGUUUUACCCAAAUCCUAUUGAAACCACAAGAAUCAGAUCCCAACCACAACAAGCUAAUCAACAAUCUGCUAUUAAUUCUAGAAUGGUUAUGAAUGGUUCUCCAAUUUCUCCAUACAACACACCUACAAAACCAGUUCAAUUUAACCAACAACAAGUUCAUAGAAUGGGGUAUAUGUCACCAGCUCAAGUUAUCGGUUCACCACAACAACAACAACCUCAGCGUGUUAUUAACCAUAACCAAAUUUUCAAUUCACCACAAAAUAUGUCUAAUGCUAGAAGAUUAGAUUUGUCAAACAUUUCACCAAUGUAUCAAAAUUCAUCAUCAACUACACGUCAUUGGUAG